UUAAGUCUAUUUUGGAGAAAAAAAUCUCACAUUUAUCUCGAAUUGAAAAUAUGGGGGAUUCAGAUGAUUGGAAAAGUGAAAUGGCCUCAUCGUGUUUCGAGGAAAUUGAUACGGAUGAUUUAAUCGAAAACUUUCAAUUCCUCGAUACCUGCAGAUCUUUAAAAAACAGUGAUGUUACUCAAGACAGGAGUGAGAGGUACUCCACGAACCUGAGAGAUUGCAGUUCGGAAGGAGAGCCACCCAUUUAUCCAAUGGAAUCAAAAGAUCUAACAGAGGACAAUGGGGAUCCUGAAUGUGUUCCCGAAGAUAGCAAAAUAAAGGCGCCAUGGGACUGUCGUGACAAUAUUAUGUUUUACGUGAUCGCGGGAUAUAUUGUGGGUAUUUUGAUAGUACAGAUUUGGUAUUAUCGAAAUCCCCAGAAGGCUUGCAAAGAUCUAAAUGUGAAAUGGUUGUUUAUCGUAAUCAUCGGCCUGGGUCUUCUCUUAAUGGCACUCAGGCGACAAGGAAGGUGCAUCCUAGCGCUGUGCCUGCCGACCCUUGUCACCGACCGUGUUCUGCUAAUGGCCUUUGCCCUUCUUGUGGCAUUGUCCGGACCGGUGCAGAAUUUUAUUCGAAAUAUCGCUAUUUUGGGGCAUGGUCUCACUUGCGAGGGGAGUCUUCUUUUCUAUGCUUUGGACAAGAUGCACCGCAUUAUGGCGGAGCCAUCUUAUCCAGUGCAGGAAUCGUUUCAAGGCACUUUGUCAACCAUUAACCAAAUUAUAAAUAAGUUGGAUAAGAUUUUAGUGCACAUGGAGUUCCCAUUAGCUGAUAUUCAAGCCACCUACACAACUUGCACAGAUUGGCUGGCCCUGCAGCUGGAUUAUUUUAAUUACCAAAUGAGCUCACCUUUAAAUAGAUGUAUGGCAGCUGGAUUAUUGGUUGAGAAACAGCUAAAUAACCAAGCUAAGGAAAUCAGCAAAGAUCAUUUUGCUUGGUUUUGCGAUAAUCUCAAAAGUCUGACAAGCUUUUUUGAAAAUAACAUAUCACUUCAAGAAGGACUUGUCGCAGAUAUCUUUCAUCGCUUGCAUAAAAACUUUGUGAAACUUCGAUUUAUUUUUAUGGCUACCAUAACUUUUGAACACAAUACAGCUUGGUCCACAUUGGGUUCUACAAGUGACAAGGAUGUCGUACUUCAAGAAGAAAUGUAUAAAUAUAUGGACUUGCAACCACGCAAGCUCUUUUUAGUGUAUCUCAUUAUAUAUACUAUCUUAUUUAUGUUAGUUUUUUAUCUUAUAUUGAAAGCCACGACCUUUCGCUUUCGUUAUCUUGCGAGUCCAGAUUUCAACAAUGUUUAUAUAACCCGGGAGUUCGAAAUCUAUGAAGAACAGCAAUUUCAGAGCUUGGAGGUAAGAGCUUUACCUUUGAGUAGUCUUGAAGAAAACAAAUACGUCGAGAUCGAUUCGAUUAGAUUUCUUCCUACAGAAUUUUAUUCACAAAAGCAAUCUGGAGUUUUUUUGGUUAUUAUGGGAAUUCAAUUGUUUAGUAUUUGUUUCUUGGAUUUUAGCCUUUUUGUCUUAAUUAAGAUGAUCUCCCAUUACAGUAAUGUUUCAAAGAUAAUACCAGCUUCUUCCGAUUACCUUCGGCUGGCAAUAAAAGGAAGAGGAACAAUUGUACAUCUCUUGCGAAACAUUGUCAACGCUUUUGAGCCAAGAUACUUUGAUGUAGAUGAGCAAAGGUGUAUAAUAAUACCCAGAAAGCCGAAGUACCUCCAUUACUUCUUCAUAUUAAUACUGUACGUUUUCGCAUGGUUUUUAAUAUUUCUUGAGCCGUAUGGACUUCGCAAGAGGCAUCGGAUUAUGGCCUACUUUUAUCCAGAGCAAGCCCAAAAAAGAGCCAUUGCUUUGCACACUACGAUAUUAAAGGAAAGGGAUGAUUUAAUUAUAUCAAGUCGUCAACGAGCUCGCUGUUUAUAUUUUUAUUCAGACAAAAGCCCAAGCUUAGAUCUUUUGUGUGCCUCCUGGUUGAGUUCUCUAAACAUUUGGUGUAUUAAUGGUUGUCGUGGAAUUUUUAUAGGCAAAACGUGCACCAUUUGCAACAAGCCCCUCCAAAAAUCAAAUUACGUUUGCUGUUCCCUACCCAACUGCAAGGGAAUCUACUGUCAGAUGUGUUUUUUGGAGUCUAGUAAUUUUUGUAUACUUUGUAGUUAUGUUACAAAUGAGAGUGAGAUCACGGAAAUCGGAUUCUCUGACUCUGAAGAUUGUAAGACUGAUUAUUGUAAGGCUGAUGAUAACGUUGACCGACACGAUCGCGAUAAGAAGGCCUAAACGUCCGAAUUAUGUAUGCUAUUUUUGGAACCGGUUGCUAAGCAAGCCCAACAAGUUCACUGAGCAGCUGUGUUAUCAAGUCCCAUAUUGUCUAGUGGUUAGGAUAUCCGGCUCUCACCCGGAAGGCCCGGGUUCGAUUCCCGCCUAAGCUUAUAAACUCUAUGAAUCACAAUAUUGUGAAUAAUUCCCCGGAAUAACUAUUUCAAUUUUAAAAUAAAGAUUCUUUGUAAAUAUU